ACAUGACAAACAUGUGGCUGCUUCACAGCUCAUAUCAAUACAUGACAUGUCUCUUUUCAUUAGUUUCCAGAUAGAUUAACAGGAUUUGAUUAGAGUUGCUAUUAUCAAUGGAGACUGCUGGUGGUGCUGGAAAUGUUGUGAGAAACAAGAAGUUGAUGCUCAAAGACUGCAUCAAAGGUUUCCCAAAAGAAUCAGACCUUCAUCUAACAAUUGAAAGUAUAGAAUUGAAAGUACCACAAGGUUCAAAUGCAGUUCUUGUGAAGGUUCUUUACCUCUCCAUUGAUCCUUACCAGUACAUUCGAUCCACGAAGAUCGAAAAACCUGGCUACUUCUCUUCCUAUUCCCCUGGUUCUGUGAUAGCCAGUUAUGGAGUGGGUAGAGUUGUUGAAUCUGGACACUCUGAUUUCCAAAAGGGUGAUCUUGUUUGGGGAACAACUGGCUGGGAAGAGUACAGUCUGAUUACAGAACCUGAAACUCUCUUUAAAAUCCAACGCUCAGAUGUACCCUUAUCUUACUAUUUGGGAGUUCUUGGUAUGCCUGGUUUGACAGCUUAUGUUGGUUUUUAUGAGUUCUGUGCUCCUAAGAAAGGAGAGACUGUUUUCAUUUCUUCAGCAUUUGGUGCAGUAGGUCAGCUUGUCGGGCAGCUAGCAAAAUUGAUGGGCUGCUAUGUGGUUGGUAGUGCAGGAAGUCCAGAAAAGGUUGAUUUGCUGAAGAACAAGCUGGGAUUUGAUGAUGCAUUCAAUUAUAAAGAAGAGAAAAACUUGAAUGAUACGUUGAAAAGAGAUAGCUUUCAAAAAAAUAGGUACUUCACACAUCAAAGCUACAAGACUUUAGCUUUCAGCACUUCAAAUCCACUGGGCCGUCAAAUAUAUCCUUGAUAUGCAAAAUCAAUUAAAAACCUGCCUGCCCUACUCCAACAACCCAUUCACCAUGUUAUCAACCCUCUGUGCAUGCAAUC